ACUAAAUAUAGGUUACAGAGUUUGGUCCACACUGCUUACAUCUCAUUAAUUAUUUUACAAAAGGAAAGUAUUUCAGUGUAGGAAACACCAGGCAUGGAGAGAAAAUACAAAUGCAGGAUGAUCAAAGUUUCUAAAGUUCUUUCCCAAAGUUUACUGGAUAAUUGAGUUAAUUGCAAAACUAGUGACGUUUAAGCUCUUUUACAUCCCUCCACCUCCAACUUCCUCAAAAGACCAAUAAUUCAGAAUUCUAGGAAAACUGAAAUGGCAGACUGUGCUCUCUUUCUCAACUAUCAGUUUAGUACAAAAUGUAACAAAACAUUUUGCACUAGAUAACCUGGCUUCUAAGCAAACCAAAUGAGUUGAUUUUGCAAUCGGUUGCCAAAUACUUUUUCCAAUGUACAUCAGUUUUUUUGCUUGUAACAGGCACAUAACCUCACAUCUUUUGUUUGCACCUGCUAUGCUUGGGAAUUUGUCAUUGAUUGCACUGAUGUUUAAAAGUUUGCAACCAAAUUAUCUGUAGCAUUCUUUAGUUUGUCCAGUACUCCAACAUUGCAGCUUGGGUAUUGUGGAAGUGCUUACAUUGGGAUUGUUCUCUGAAUUCAUUUAAAAAUGAUUAUAAUAAAUUCCUCAUGACGUGAACUGAAAUCGUGUAAAAAUUAGUGAAGAGCCUGCUGAUGUAAACUGCAUUUGAUUCCAACAAUAAUGAGUAUACUGAUUCCAUUUAAUUCAUCAUAAUAAUAACAAUAAAAAUGACCAUUGGAUAUAAAACACUGUUUUCCUAAGAGCUCACAAUGUUUUAUAAAAAUAAUACUAAGAUCGUAACGGUACAUACAGCAAAACGAUGUUUGACACCAGCACAUAAGCACCCACAGUCAAAAGCGUCACAGAACAAAGGUGUCUUCAGCCGCUGCUUAAAUGCUGACAGUGAGGAUGCAUGUCUCAGCUGGGCAAGGGAGCAGGGCAAUCCGGGGGAUUCCGAAGUGUAUUGGAGACAGCCGGGGCAGUAAAGACAAACACCGAGCGACAUUACAUUAAUUCUAGAAAUAAUAAUCCACCUUUCGGCCUAAGACGGUAAACAAGGCAGCUGAAAUCUUCAGAAAUCCGUCUUUGAAGGUUUGCAAACAGCAAGUUAUUUACAGAGUUAAAGCAAUUCUUUCUCCUAAUGUUUCUUUUACUUCAAUGACAAUUUUUGCGAAUCCGUAGGAUAACUUGCACAGACGCCUAUGUAGAUUGCCUGAAGAGUUUUUCAUCCUUUUUGUGGGAAAAAACUACCUAUAUUUGUUUAUAUAUAACUGAAGACAUUUCUUUAACAAUAAACCUUCUGCUUAUUUUAUAUAAUAAAGAGAAUUAGUUGUUAAAUAGGCUUGACGCAAGAACGACCUUAAUUGUUCUUGGCAUCAGAACUUCCAUUCAAAAUUUCCCUGGACCAGCGGCGCGCGCUGCCCAUUUUAUUUACUUCUGAAUAGAAACAGUUUGCAGAGCUCUUUGGUGAUCAGUGUGGUUCCAUUUGUUGCCACGCAACAGUCUAGCCUUGAAGUUAUAUGCAUAAGAAUUUGUUACUUAAGCGAAGUUUAGGAGUUUCCUCAGACACCGCAGGACACAGAGAGAGAUAGAGUUGGCAAUGAGCAAAUUCAUUUAGGGGAAACAAGCAGCUGCACGCACAAAACAAUGUUGUGCUUACGUGCGCUGGAACGAAGUUGCGAGCACUAUCACGUCCACUUUCUAUUUCAGGCAGUGUUGCUGAUGGUGUUUGUAGAGGGUGCCACUUAUCAAGAUUCCGCUAACCUGGAGGUGACACUUUUCCGAAACUACUCCAGGACUAUCCGGCCCACUCUAAACCAGUCGGAACCGGUUCGGGUCAAUGUGACCCUCCAACUGCUAAGCGUCCUGAAGGUUGACAACCAGCGACAGGAGCUGUCUGUGCGAUGCGUGCUGUUGACGCAGUGGCUGGAUCAGCUGCUUAUCUGGUCGCCGGCGGAGUUCGGGGGCCUGGAGGUUCUCCACCCGGAUCAGACCAUCCUGUGGGCGCCGAGAGUCAAUCCCAUGAGUCCCGAAGACGACGGCGACAUCAUGAACAAGUGGAUCACCUCGCACCAGCUGCUGCACACGGGGCUGGUGACCUUUCGAUCAUCCGGGCAGUUGCGGCUGCCGUGCUAUCUGGACAUGACCGCCUUCCCCUUCGACACUCAGACCUGCAGCUUCUCCUUCAUGGUGCAGGACUACACGGAGCGCGAGGUGACGCUCUUCAACGACUUAGACCAUGUGCUGAUGAACAAUUACGUCGCUUCCGGCGAGUGGGACUUGGUGCACAGCGCCUGCAGCCGCAACAUCCGGGGUCAACCCCCGCUGACCUUUUCCACCGUCGACGUCACGCUAGUCUUCCAUCGGCUCAGCGGCUUCUACGUGCUGAACCUCAUGCUACCCUUCCUCUUCAUCUCCGGCCUGGUGCUGCUGACCUUCCUGGUGCCCGUCGCCAGCGACGAAAGAGUGAACUUCGCGCUCAGCGUCCUUCUGUCCCAGGUCGUCUGCUUGGAUUUGAUAAGCAGCUACAUUCCCACGACCUCAGACGAAGUGCCUGUGGUUGUCUUGUGCUGUCUGCUGCUGCUGGCACUGAGCGCUGCAGUCGUGGCCCUGUCUGUGAUGACGAUGUCGCUGCAUCACGAUCACUCAUGCGUCCUGACGCAGACUUUGUGGUGGACCCUGUCAAGGUUAAUUCGGGUCAAGGUACGUCCUUCAAGGAAAACGCACAAAAAAUCGCAGGUUGCAAGCUCAGCCAGCCUCGCCUCUGUGAGUUUUCAUGCCAAUGGUCAGACAGGUCUGCUGGCCAGUGUCAAUUCUUCGAGAACUGUGGCACAGACAUCUGUUCCUAACACGGAAGGAGAG